AGUUCGCACACUCGUGAAGAGAUGGUAUUACCCAUCAAGUUUCUGAUGACGCAAGCACACGACUCAAAGUCUAAAGUUCAUUCUCAAUUCCACUGUAAAUUGGUGUGAGUAUAUUAGCAACAAGUAUUAAGGUACGCCAGUAUUAGGUACAUACACCAGUAGGAACAGAACAAUACUGUGCGCACAGUAGUUUGAAUUUGUUAUUUGAGUACUUAGUUCCUUUUACAGUGCAGAAAUUUUGUUAAAUCAUGUCCAAUAUAACAAAAGGUGUUUUUAUUGUAGCUGCGAAGCGUACCCCAUUUGGUACAAUGGGUGGAGCGUUUCUUAACAAAAGUGCAACUGAUUUAUCAAUAGUUGCUGCAACAUCUGCUUUGCAAUCUGCAAACUUGAAACCUGAAAAAGUAGACAAUGUCAUUUUCGGUCAUGUAUUAGCUUCAGCAUCUUCUGACGGAGCUUUCUUAGCGCGUCAUGUUGCAUUGAAAUCCGGUGUACCUAUAGAGAAACCAGCUUUCGCAGUAAACAGACUAUGCGGUUCGGGAUUUCAAUCAAUCGUUAGCGGUGCACAGAGUAUUGUAACAGGGGAAUCUAAAAUUGUUUUAACAGGAGGUGCAGAGAACAUGAGUCAAGCUCCAUUUGUAGUGAGGAACAUUCGCUUUGGUACAACUUUAGGGCAAAAGUACGAGUUCGAGGACUCCCUGUGGCUUGGAUUACUCGAUACUUAUUGCAAUUUACCAAUGGGCAUGACUGCAGAGAAGCUUGGAGCGAAAUAUGGUUUAACCAGAGAACAAGUAGACGAGUUCGCUCUAAGAAGUCAGCAGCUGUGGAAAGCCGCCAACGAUGCCGGCCGCUUUAAGGAGGAGCUCGCGCCCGUUACGGUAACCGUGAAAAAACAAGAAGUUAUCGUUAACACAGACGAACAUCCGCGACCUCAAACAACUCCUCAGAGUUUAGCCAAAUUGGCCCCCGUUUUUAAGAAAGAUGGAAUAGUUACGGCAGGAUCCGCAUCGGGUAUUUGUGAUGGAGCCGGAGCCGUUAUCUUAGCUAGUGAGGAAGCCGUGAAAGCAGAGGGACUUACGCCACUUGCGCGUUUGGUAGGGUACAGUAUCGUAGGUGUAGAACCUAGUAUUAUGGGAAUUGGACCAGCUCCAGCUAUCAAACAACUUCUUAAAGUGGCAAAUAAGACUUUGAACGAUGUUGAACUAGUUGAGAUCAAUGAAGCAUUUGGAGCUCAAACUUUGGCAUGCGCUAAGGAUUUAGAUCUAGAUAUAAACAAAUUGAAUGUAAAUGGUGGAGCUAUUGCUCUUGGACAUCCACUUGCUGCAUCCGGCAGUAGAAUCACUACGCAUUUAGUACACGAAUUGAGAAGACGAAAAGCCGGAAAAUUGGGUAUCGGCUCUGCCUGCAUUGGCGGAGGUCAAGGGAUAGCUGUGAUGGUAGAGGUUCUCUAAUUUUACGAUGAGAAAACGCAAUACGAGAUAGUAAACGUGCAAUAAAUGUCGGAAGAGAUACGCGUAUUAUAAAAGCAGUGUCAACAUUUUUAUUUUUUAUGCUUACAGUGCAGAAGCAUGUAUAAUUUUCUACCAUGUUUAUUACUGUUUAAAUAAAAAUUCUUAUAUUUUUCUGACGCCUAAGUUAAUCAAGCUGUACUGGUUUUUAAAACAGUAAAGAUAGAGUAUGAUGUACGUAGGAA